AUUGCUGCAUUCAGUGGAUUUGAACAAAUUGAUCUCCGAAUAACAGUUGCAUUGACUGGUGAACCUGGUUAUGGAGUGGAGGGAAAUUCAUAUUCUCUCGGAGUACAAUUAAAGUUUCAAGUAUACGCCGAUGGUAAACCAAACAAUGUGGCAAACAUCACAUACUCAAUCAUAAAUACAAGCACUAAUGUCACACUAGAUUCAGCAACUGUUUGGAACAAUUUCUUUCUGUAUACAUUUACACAG